AUGUAAGAAGACAGAGUGAACGAUUACUCAAUUGAUUAUCUAUCAAAAUUGAUCAUAGUCACAGGAGCAUGAUCACUUCAAAUUUAUGCUCCAAUCUGUAUUAAUUCAUCAUCACAAGUCCUUAGUUAUCCAUUACUUCAGUACAGGAUUUCUACCCUGUUGUGUUACCAGGUCUUCUUCUUCUUAGUAUCACGCAACUAAACAUUCAACAAAGGCACACGACAGCUUUUCAAUUAUUGAAUGAGAGUUUUAAAAGAAACGAUAGAAUUCCCCAGCGAGUCACUCCAUGAAUAAUCUAAUCUGUCCAACUGAAUGUCAAAAACAAACCGUUAAAGUUACAGCAUCAGCUGAGUUAGUGAGCGGCAGCUGCUAAAAAUACAGUUCACCUCAAGGUCAGCUGGGAGUCGAAGACCAUAAGCAACAGAACGCUAUAAGCUCCCUGUACCUGCACAACAAUAAGCCUAAGUUUCUACUGUGUGUGUGUGUGUGUGUGUGUGUGUGCGUGUUUGUGUGUGUGUUGUAAGUGCACUUAUCAUUCAAAUCAGCGGUGUGUGCUGUAUAGUACAGUGCAUCGACAAGCCUUUGUGCUACACUGACAGCACAUCACAAUGAUUGGCUCAGAAUCUAAAAGAGUUUGUUCCUUUUGGCGACCAACGCUGUACGACUGCCUCAAUUUAGCAGCAUGCCAAAGGCCGGGUUGUUAAGAAGACGUAAUACCGCGGUGCUCUAAUGCACUGAGACCACUCAGCAGUCCCAUCAAGGCACAAUGUUAACCGUCUAUUUAGGGCGCUUGCCAAAAGUGGCACCAGAUUAUCUGUAAGGGGCUUACGUGACUGUAACCUCGCACAGACAAAACUGAAGAAAGAGAACUCAAGAUAGAAAGUUCAACAUAAGGAGGGCAGAAAAUAAGAUUACUCCAGUUUAUUUCAGUGUCUUUAUCCUGGAUAUUAUUUAGUGGUAUACAGGAAUACAGUUCCAGGUAACAUUGUAAAGAAAAGGCCCUACAUGUAGAGCCAUUACACAAACAGUAUAUCACAGCGAUGCAUCUGACAACGCUGGAGAUCAGAGUGAAUAAAAGACAGAGAAUUACAUUUAUAUCCUAACAGACGUCUUGCUUUGAUUCAUUGGGCCAUUUUCCAAGAGCUGAACUGUGACUUGUUAAUCUAAUUACAGGCUGGAUAGUUUAAUUCACUUUCAUUCAUUCACUUAACAAAGUAAAUAAAUGGCUAACAAUUACACUACCAUUAAACCUGCCUCAAAACCCCACAGACCUGUGAAUACAUGCACGAACACAGUCAGCAUCCCUCCAGCAUUGAAAGUGUGUGUCAGUCGAUUCAUCACCAGAUAAACUGAUCAUAGUUUAAUGUAAAGGAGGUGUAAACAGGCAGAGCUGUUUCCCUUUUGUGGUUUUGUUUGCCCAGUGAAGCGCACAGAGGCUGUAUCAGAAUGACUGUGAGCACUAAUAAUAGAAUAAACAGAAUUCUGUUAUUCUACACACAUACACAACCUGCAUGGAAAUGCCUCACAUUCAUUCACUCUUUAUCAGAAGUGGCCAAACUUUUCUUCUUGGAAGGCCACAACUGAAAGUUAAUGGUGGGAAAGUGGCCAAAAGCAAACACCCACGGUUGUGUUGUAAAAUUAAAUUUGGUGAGUCAAAUUAAACUUGUCCACAUGUCCUACUUUGGCCAGUCCUGCUGAGCCCAAAUAGGUCAGAAAGAAAUAGCUGUAUCUCCAUGCAGAUCUUUAAAAAUGAUAAAUGAUAUUCUAAAACAGAUGAAAUUUAAAUCUCAAGAGCAUUUUGUACCAAACAUCAUCAUUGUGAACGUCACACAACUCAUUUUAUGUCAAGAAAUGUGUUGUGACAGUGAUUUUAAGAGGAAAUUCAAAAUUCAAAUCUCAUGAGCAUUUUAACACAAACACCCUUAACAUACGAGUCACACAACUACCGGUAAUUGUAUUUGAACAUACGUGUUUUUAAGAGCGAUUAUUACACACACUGGUUCUAGUUCUGAUCCCAGAGUCUCGAUCAAAACAAUGAAAUGGAGGUCAAAGCGUGGGAUCAGGAAAGUUCUUAAUGUCAUUGCUAAACAACCACCAUUGCUGAUGAAAAAUCUGCUCUGCCAACUUCGCCAGCAACAACGACCAAAUAAAAUGCAAUAAAACCAAAUUUUUCUGGGAUAAUGUCAGCACACAACUAAACAAAAUAUAUAACAAAGGUCUAUUAAUUUGAGACUCCUCAUUUUUGACUGAAUGUGGAAACGUUUUUUUUUUUUUUUUUCUUUAAAAACCUCCUUUUCAAAAAGUAACUCAAAUUCAAGUCCGGGCAGCAGUUUGUCUGACCAUUUUCUACCCAAACCGUUGCUGUGAUUCUGUUGUUACAUAAAAGCCUCAUGUUUCACAUAAAGGAGCCACUUCUCCCACACAUCACCAUUCUUCCAAAAAUAAUUGUUUGCCUGAAUUUCCCUCAUUGACAUCUGGUAUCCUACAGCAAGUCUCAGACAUGCUUUACCACAGUUAUUAGCUGUUCUGGAUUUGCUGCAGAUCCACACAUAUAAGAGUGAAGCUGCGAGUCAGGUGUAGAUAGAGAAUCUACAUAUCAAACUGCUUAUCUUUGUGUUUUGACUGUAAAAAAAACUCCUGGCUGAUGAUGCAGCAGUACAAUGUUUAAUGUUGCCCUGGCAGCUUUAAAGAGAUCUCAACCCUUUGUCCCACUAUGACAACUGAACGGAGGCCAGGACAAACAUCCACAAAUCUGAUUCAUUAUCCUGAACCGGCAAGGUGUGGCAAUCCGGGACAAAAGUGAGGUAAAUCCUCCAGCAAGCCACCGUACGGAUUUACCUCUGUGCUUGUGCGCCAAGUUGGACACUUGAUCUUUUAAAAAGGUCACUGCCAAUUAAUGUGAUGCUCUUGGAGGACCUGAAAGCCAGUUUAAUGAGGCAACAAUGCCAACAGAUUAACAGAGUUUCUUAAGUCAAAUAUUCCAAAAGGUUACGACCUGAGGAUAUCUGUGCAAAUCAGCAUUACAAGUCACUUUACAUCAACAUAGCAGGGUGCUUAGAUUUUCUGUGAACCUGCCAUGAGCACAGAUUGCACAAAGCUCGCGAAGGGGAAGCCAUCUGUCGUCCUGGCUACCAUAACAACCAAAAUCCAACUAAUACCGCUCCUGUCUAAGCUAUAAGAAAGGAAGUCCUUGAACAUUCACACGUCGUCCAUUCAUACAAUCUUAUCUCACAGCGCCGACAAAAGAGUUUAAAUCAUUAUUUACUACAGUAUUUAAUCAUUUUUUACCAAGUUUUUUUUUUUUAGAACCACAGACUUCAGAAUAACGUUUUCCCUCAAGAGACGCUAAUGUCAGUGGAAGUUUUCCCCGCUGUUAUAAUUGAGACGUCCAUAACAAACAUUUUGUUUAUAUAAAAACGCACUACAGCAAUACAGAGAAUUAUAAACAGCUGUGUGUUGAAUUACACAUGCAAGCAUCAGUAGACUCAUUUCAUUCAUGAUUAUGUUGUUGACUAUAGGAAAACAUGCAAAAUAUUGAAAAAUAUUGAGAAUACAAUAUUAAGCACGUGCUCUGUCAGAAAUAAGAGCUUGAUUGGAAAGGCAGACAAAGACAAAGUGGCCAACAAAGUGCUACUCCAGGAUGUGACCUGUCAACUCCACAACACGUACGUCCCACCUCCAUAUCUGUCCACCUGUCUGAACUUCUCGAUCUGAAAACAACAUUAUUUUUACACACCCUGUGGAGCGUUCUAAUGCAUUAAUUAGAUUUUCUCUAAAACGGCCCUCUUUGACUGGCUGGGUAAGCUGAGGGGAGGGCUCAAAGGUUGGGGGGUCAUUGUAUAAAAGCAAACAGCAGGCAGUGGUUGGCACGCUCACAUACAACGCGGUGUCAACAGUGACGGAUUACAGACGCCAGCAGAGGAGACUCGUUGACAGGACCGAGGGCACGACUGGAUCUGUAACUUUACAAGCAAGAUGUCAAAAGUAUAUAAGAAGACCAGCGGUAAUGGACAUAUCUGCCUGUACUUGGCAAAGAGGGACUUCGUCGACCAUGUGGACCAUGUGGAAGUAGUCGAGGGUGUUAUCAAAGUGGACCCGUCUGGUCUUGAAGGCAGAAAAGUAUUCGUCUACCUCGCUUGUGCCUUCCGCUAUGGAAGCGAGGACUUGGACGUCAUGGGUCUGUCCUUCAGGAGAGACAUCUGGAUCCAGCGCGUUCAGGUGUAUCCUCCUGUAGAAGGAACCACAGCCAAAACACCAAUGCUGGAAUUCCUCAUGAAGAAAGUGGGAGAGCAAGGAUACCCCUUCACCUUCCAGAUGCCGACAGACCUCCCGUGCUCAGUGUCCUUACAGCCAGGGCCAAAUGAUUCUGGCAAGGCUUGCGGCGUGGACUUUGAGAUUAAAGGAUACCUCGCCAACGUGGCCUUCAAUGCAGAUGAAGUCAUUGAAAAGAAGGACACAGCCCGCCUGAUGAUUCGCAAAAUUCAAUUCGCGCCAGCAAACAACAAGGCCGGACCCAAGGCUGACAUCUCCAAGCAGUUCAUGAUGACCGACAAACCUCUCAACUUGGAGGCCUCCCUCGAAAAAGAGAUUUAUUACCACGGAGAUCCGAUCACCGUGAAGGUAAAAGUCAACAACGAAACCAACAAGGUUGUGAAGAAAAUCAAAGUCUCAGUUGAGCAGAUAACAAAUGUGGCGCUCUACUCAUCCGACACCUACACCAAGAUAGUCUGUUCUCAGGAGUUCGGCGACACAGUAAACGCCAACGCUACAUUGGACAAAUCCUACCAAAUCACCCCUCUGCUAGCCUCCAGCACAGAGAAGCGCGGCCUCUCAGUCGACGGGCGGCUAAAAGAUGAGGACACUCACCUUGCGUCCACAACCCUGAGUCAAGGAGAGAAGGAGAUGCAGGGAAUGAUCGUCUCCUAUAAAGUCAGAGUCACCCUGGUGGUGUCUGGCGGAGGUCUGCUGGGCGGCCUUACAGGAAGCGACGUCAAUUUAGAUCUCCCUCUGAUCCUGAUGUCCCCAAAGCCCGCAGGUGAGUACACGCUGCUUUUGCACAAAAAUGCCAUUUAAAUGCUUCCCUGACACAUUUCACAUAAAUAUGAAUAAAAAAUACUGAUCUGAUUCUCAUGUUUUAUGUAACAUAAUGUCCUCUUCUUUUAUCCCUCCAUUGCACGCAUGAGCAGAAGU